AUGAGUCAAACCAGUCUCGUCGAGUCUAGUUCUUCUGGGGAAACUCCCCGUAAUGCAUUAUCACUCCGACUAGAGGCGCCUCUCUUCUCCCAGGUAUCCAUUUCUCCCACCAAACAAUCAUUCAACAUCCAAGGCCGCUACGUGUACGAAACAGAAGCCAGCCCAGCCACGCCAACUUAUCACAUCUCCAAUCGCAAUACCCAAGCCGGUAAUCCGUGGCAGUUACAAAUAUGCCGCCUUCUACCAAGUGAAGUUCGUCGCCUUGGUGAGGCUACAGGAAACGACGCUUUCAUCAGAUACGAUGAUGAUUUGACACUUUACUCUGGCGAAAAGAUGAACAUCCCCUUCAGUUUCGCCGCUGGUCUCGGUCCCACGCCGCUCAUUGUUAUCAGGGGCCAGAAGAGAGGAACUAUUCAGGGAAGCAUCGUGAUGGAGAAGUCUGGCCGAUCAUGCAAGUUCUACCACAUGAUUCCUAUCAAGCGCGCCUUGACCAAGGCAGAAGAGGACAGGAUGCAGGCUCUUAUGCAUAAACGUGGAUACCGUGACUCUGAUGAUUGGAAGAAAAAGCUUUUGUUGACGGUGCAGGAGAACUCAAUCAAGGUAACUGAGUGGAUUGAUGAGUAUGAAUCUAUUGUUGCGGUUGAGAAAGACGAUAAGCUGGAGUUUUCGGGAGAGAUACAGGCGGAGAAGAAGGAUCUUGUUGUUGCGUGCUGGGCCUGCAAGGGAUUUGUAUUGGACAAGAACAUCUAGAUAAAUAUCAGACUGCGGAG